AUGUGGGCCGAUGUGAUGGUGGACAAAGUUUCUACCACUCUUCAUCUGGAUCAAAAUAAGGAUAAGCAUGCUGCCUCCUCUGUCUCCUUCUACCUCCUCCCGGCUGUCUCGGAGUAUUGUCUCCUCUCCGCCGCCCUGAUCUACGAGAUCACCGUCCGAAUUGGCCAACCUAGUUACAUUGAAUUAGAAGAUGAAGAUGAGAGUGAAAAUGGCAGUGACAUUGAGGAGGAUGAGUUUUCAGAUGAAGGAAUUUCUGACGAUAGUGGAGAGACAGAGACGGAUGAGGACCAUAGGAGGAAGGGGAGUGCUGACACAACUACAGGGGAUAGGGAGGCUACAGAUCUGAGCAGCUCCAAAUCGCCUACUCUUUCUGAUCCAGAAAUUGCUAUCAAGAAGGUGAGGAGAAAGAGAAGUUCACCUGGAAGAUCACUAUCCAGGGUGCUUACUAAGCAUAUAAAAAAGGUGAGUUGA